UGUUAAGAACAACAGUUUGUGGAAGGUAUUCAUAAAUAUGUAUGUAUAAUGGCUAAAACGAUGGUUAUUGUUAUAUCACAGUUGACGCAUGCACCCAGCUCUGUAAGAAAUGUUACGAGUGUCCACAUAGAUAUACUUCGGCAACAGUUGCUUUUUUUACCAGUCCUGCAGUGGCUGAACUAUAAAUUGAUAAACAAGUUCACUGAGCAUUUCAGUUUAUUAAAUCAUUUGUAUUCACACAAGUGACGUUCGGUAAUACAUUUUGUGGCAAAAAUUUGAUAACUAGGUACUAAAUGAUUUUGGUGGGAAAAACUGUAUCGAUAAAACUGUUGUAAUGUUGUAUAUGAAAAAUGAUAUUGAGAUAAAAAAUAUAAAUAUGAGUUUGUGUUGGUAAGAAUAUUGUGAAAAUAGUCAUAUUCAAAAAUACAUACAUAUGUAUAAAAGUACUUUCAUAAAUAAGCGGGUUCAGUAGAAUAUUACACAUAUGUGUAUGUACGUAAAUAUAAGUAUGUAUGUAUAUAAGUUAAAACAUACAAACAUUCUCGUUAAAAAAUUCUGUUCACAUGAAGAAUCUAUUGGUCUUGUUGAAGUAGGUAAAGUGAAAAAGAGUUACGACGCUGGCAAAUGUCGUCUGGUGAGUGGAAUUUGCGUGCUCUUAAAGCACUUGAAGAAGAGGAACAGAAGGAAUUUCUUGCACUCAGUCAAAAAAAUAUUUUUGAAUCAGCAUAUUUGCCAUCGGCAGAAGAAUUGCUGGAACAGACCAGAAACCUUAAUCAGAGCAAUUUUCAACCAAAACUAUCGUAUACUCAACUACAUCCACAUCAAUUAAAGCUGUCCACCAUUAAUGAGUGCCAUCUGAUUGCAGAGGCUCGAAGACGACGAUUUCGGUUGCAGCAACAAAGCACAUCAGGUAGUAGCGAAGAAGUAAGACAGCUGAAAAUUACCAGAGAACUAUCGCUUUCAGCACAUUCCUUGAGAGAACGCGGUAGUCGAAAUCAUAAAAAUGAUUUAUUAUUAGAACCUAAGCACAAAAUAUCCCGAAUGAGUAGGUCAACCCAGUUUUGCAAUGUACCACCAUUCUAUACACCACCCCCCAUUAAGAGAUGUGCGUUUUUCAAUACUCUUCAGCAAUUGGAAAAACAGAAACCGGAUCAUAAAAAGGAAUCAUCAGCUAUUCUGAAGAGAAUAGUUGGAACAAAUAAAUCUUACUUUAAAUAUGGAUCCAACUCUACAGCUGUCCCAGCCAUGGGACAGCGCAAGAAGUUGCAUACUUCCUUGGUGGAAAUUGACUACACUUCCGAUGAGAGCAAUUCAGAGGAGAGUACUCACAACACUGGUAACUUUGAUCAAUCAUAUGAAGACUGUGAAGACAGUGCCACUGAGACAGGUUCGUGCUCGGUGCCAUUGGCUUCGGAUUCGGUUGAAGCGAUUCGCCUUAUGUUAUCAGCCGCUACUGCAGCUAUCACUUAUACCUCAAAGGCUGCACCCACAGUAAAAUAUUCUUCAAAAAAUUUAACUUCUAACACCUCAGUUACUUCCUCACCCCUACCUACAGUAAAAUUGGACGGCCAUAAGACUUCUCUACAGACUGACCCCAGCAAAAAUCUCCAUACAUCGUCAUCGCCUUAUCAUUUAAAUUCAUCAUCGGUAGGAGCCGGACAUACAUAUAUCGGUGUACGAAAUGAAACUACUACAAAUCAUAGACACGGCUCAACAGACGAAAUAUAUGUUAAUAGUAAUGAUGACAGUAACUGCAACAACAAGAAGAGUAGACAGAAAGGAGCCCGUUAUUUAAAUAGCAGUCACAAGACCAACUUGUUGGAUGUGAGCACGGAAUUGAAUAGUUGUUUGCAAGAUGAGGUUCACACACUAAAAAGCAUGCGAUUUACCAAACCUGAACAAAAAAGUGGAUUCGAUAUUUUAACUAAUCUUUCAAGUAACAAAACAGUAUUGAUAAAAUCAAAGUCGAGUGUUAAAAAUAAACCGAACAAUCAUAUCCAGAACUUACUUUUACAUGCCACCCAUGGAGAGCAUCUUCAUCGCUCAUUAUCACAGAGUAAAGAAGUCAUUAAAGAGGAAUCCUUAAAAAAUGGUGGCAAUUGCCAUAACAUUAUAUCUAUGGGAAUUUUACCGACAACUAAAAGACCUAAUUGGACAUCUUUUACAACGUUGCACCAUCAAUUCAUCGAUGAUGAGCUUGAACAACAUAUCAAACAAUGUUCAUGUUCAUGCAAUCAUAUGGGAUAUGGAAAUUCUAUGGAUUAUCAGACAAUAGGUUUCGGUGGUCUACCUGAUGUCACCGAGCAUUCCAAUACCCGUCGCACACAUUCCCGCCAAAACUCCACUUCGAAUAGUGAUUCCGGUGGCGAAAUAGUUAAUAUAGAUAAGUCAAAAGUAAGCUUGUGUGAUGGCAAACCGCCACCAACAGCUCAAUCUGCCCACAUCGAGGGUAAAUCAAAAAUAUCCCGUCAUAGUGCUGCUGUUAAGUGCAGCAGGACACAUCGUCUGAAACCACGAUGCGGAUCCUGUGCCAUAUUCUUGACUUUUGUUGCCACUAUAUGCUUGCUUACUAUUGCCACAUUGCUUGCAUACCAACACUUCAUGGUGCACAGCCGCAAUUCGCAUGCCCAAAGACUGAAAAUCGUGCAACGGAUUCUAAAAGACGUACCGCUGGUGGAUGGCCACAAUAAUUUUGCGUGGAAUGUACGGAAAUACGCGCACAAUAGUUUAGAGCUGAUGAACUUGAGACACGAUCCCAAUGCAGAAACAAGGACACCACCGUCGUGGGCGCAAACGGAUGUUGAAAGGCUUAAGCAAGGACUAGUGGGGGUUCAAAUGUGGUCAGCAUAUGUGCCCUGUGAGGCUUUGGGCCUGGACGCCGUCCAAGUAGCUAUAGAACAAAUUGAUAUUAUCCGUCGCCUAACUGACAUGUAUACUCUGGAUACAGUGUUGGUAAAAUCCUCUAAGGACAUUUUUACAGCACGACAGCAUCACCAAAUGGCUUCGUUAAUUGGCAUCAAAGGUGGUCAUGCCAUCGGGUCCUCACUUGCCGUUUUAAGAUCAUUUUAUUCAGUCGGCGCGCGUGCACUUAGUCUUACGCAUAAAUGUGAUCUCUCAUGGGCUGGAUCAAGUGCCUCAGAAUCAGAAAACGGUUUAUCAGCUUUUGGCAAAGCAGUAAUUCGUGAAAUGAACCGCUUGGGAAUGAUGGUCGAUUUAUCUUAUAGUUCUACUGCGACAGCUAGAGAUGUCUUACAAGUUACUCGGGCUCCUGUUAUAUUCUCCCAUUCCGCUGCCCGACAAAUAUGCAACUCCACACACAAUGUACCCGACGAUAUUCUUCGACUAGUAGCAGAUAACGGUGGCCUAAUUAUGGUAAGCUUCGAUCCAGAAGACGUGGCUUGUGGGCAACCAGCAUAUCUUGCAGAUGUUGUGAAGCACAUUAAACACAUUCGUGCAAUCGCUGGUGUGCAGCAUAUUGGGCUAGGAGCAGGAUAUGAUGACAUAGAAGAACCACCAAUUGGUCUUGAAGACGUAUCCAAAUACCCAGACUUGCUGGCGACUCUGCUACAAGAUCACAAUUGGAGUGAGCAAGACAUUGCAAUGUUAGCGGGAAAAAACUUUCUUCGCAUCUUAGAGACCGUGGAAAAUGUACGAGACUAUUGGAAACGUGCUGACAUUCAGCCGCUCGAACAGACUGAACCACAACCGAAACCACAGUGCUCAUACAUGUCUUCGUGACCAUAGCUACAGACAGUAAGAAACCGCUGUGCUGCUUUGCACACAUUUUAUCUUGAAGGGUGCAAUCGCAUUGUGCAUGUUAUCGAAAGAAUGCGUACACAGGUAAAUACUGAGGACUUGAGUGUAAUACAAUUGGUAUAUUAGGUUAUUUAUACAAUUAAAUUACUACAUAUUUGUAUAUUGUUAAUCGAAUGAACAUGAGCUACGCAUAUCUAUAUGCGGCUUCUACAGCAAUAAACAGUUUUUUGAAAUUGUGCAAUUGGGAGAAUUAUAGUUAAGGAACUUUUUGUUGUGAAAAUGGAUUCUUCUAAAGAGAUUCAUAACAAAAUAAUUACAUAUAUUGUCAUAUAGAUAAAUACAAAUAAGAAUAUAUAUAUUGGAUUGAAGAGUGAAUUAUUAAAAUUAUACCCAAGCACAAAUUACAAGCAUAUCUAUUCAAAUAAUUUGUUCGAUAAUUGUUUACUUUUUUAUACAGCAUUCUUCAAAAGACUAAAAUAUAAUUUUCGAAUAUAUGAGACUAUGAAAAUUAACAAUUUCAUAAAUAGGUAUGCAUAUAUAAAUACCUACCUAAAAUAUUUAUAUGUAGUAAAAUAUAUAAUUUAAAUUUUCUACAAAAGCACAGGUAAAAGAAAGUGCCAAUAUUUUCAUAUGAAGAGAAUGCAAGAUUUAACUUAAUUUCAUUGUUACUAAGACAAUCCUUACCACAAUUAGAGUACAUAAAGAUGUUAAAAAUAAAAGUAUACACCUAUGUAUGUACAUUAGAAAUCAUUUCGAAAUACAGAUUUACAUGCAGUUUUAAUAUACAAGUUAAGUGGUGUUUUAAUAAAACAUAUAAAUAU